CAUUUUACUUAUCACUUUUCCUCACAUUAGGCGCAGUCAUGUGGUUCUUCUAUGGCCUUUUGUUGAAGGACUUGAACAUCGCCAUUCCGAACGUCGUAGGAUUUCAUUUUGGAAUUCUUCAGAUGAUCCUUUAUGCCAUCUACAGGAAGAGACCUAAGCAGGCGGUUGAACAGCCAAAGAUAGCAGAGCACAUCGUUGACAUGGCGAAACAAAGCACAAUGGUCGUCGGCUCGGAGCUGAGCACAGUAGUGCCUCAGCCGACCACCGAUCACAACAAUGGUGGGAUUGUGGAAGCUCAGAAGGUGAAGAAGGAAGGAGGCAAUACUGAGGAAACCAACAAGCAGAAUAUGAAGGGCUCCAAUCAAGUUUAACAAACUGUAUUUGCAUGAACUGGAUGUUUCCUCCUCCUGAGUGUGUCUGUAGCUAGUGUGAUUUGCUUGGCAUGUACACGUCUAGCGGCCAUGCAAGCAAUGGAAUAAUACUGUGCCUUUGAUGAAUAUGUUAUUGUUCCAAAAGUCAUUGUCUAAGUCAAAAGCAAGGGUUCCUUUUCCCUCUCUCUCUUCUAAAUCUGUAAUCGCACUAAUUAAUUUGCAAUUUAAUU